CAUUAUUUACUAUAUCUUUUUGUCAACUAGUUAUAUCAUUUAGUUUUUUUUCUAAAUAUAUCUUUCUACAAUGAAUUGAACCAAUAAAUUUGAGGUUAAUUGGGCAUGCUGUAUCCUCUUGUUAUUUGUAUAUAUAUGUAGAAAUCAUCAUUAUAGGAUUUCCUAAGACUUCAAUUAAAUCAAACUCUCUGUUAUUAUAUCUUCUUUCUCCUCUUUUCUUUUGAUCAGUCAAAAUUUAAUACAAUGAGAUCGGAAUCUGAAACACUAGUAGAUCAGCCAAAACCCCUUACACUAGAAGAGAUGAAACAACGAAAAGCGGACCUGAUAACAUGCUUCGUAGCCUGCUAUUUUGUCCUCUUGAUAUGUUGCUUUUUGAUACUUCUAAGUAUGCUAGUGCCCCAGAUCAAAAUAGUUCAUAUGAGUUUUACAACCGAGCUUAAUAAUAAUAGUACAACACAACAAGUUCAUUAUCUUCCUCUAGUUAGUGCUAGAUGGGAUUUACUGAUAAGAGUGCCCGGAAAACUUGUUGGUGAUUACAUAUGCCUCCAAGGAAACCUCCAAGCCUCUUUCCUUUACAAGAAUGUUACUCUUGUUACUUCCUCUGUCCAAAGUUACGGGAAACUCGAAGUAGGCGUGCCUCAACUUCUCAAUAUUUCUGCGGUUGCUACUGAAGAAGAUUUGGGAGGUGCAGCUGGCAUGGGAGAGAUUAUGGAGGCUAUAAAAGAGAGGACUGAAUUGCGGUUUGGAUCGCGGUUGUCACUUACGGAUUGUAGGGAGGAGACAGAGGAAGGUGCACUGAGCUAUGACUGCGAAGACACCAUGUUGAAGUUCGAGCAAGGCUCAAAUCAUAUUAAGGCGACUACUUUUGGGAAGCACGCAAGUUGCAUUGUUAAUCUUUAGUUUGCUAAGUUGUUAAGUCAUCACUAAAUUUGUGAUUUACCUAAUACUUUCAUUCGGAUUUGGCUUCUUGAUUUUUUUUUUUUUUUUUUGACUAAAAACUUAAUGUAUAUUGGCGCAUGUACUAACUGACCAUCAAGCAUAUAAAAUCAAAUGCAAUAGUACUAUAUUAAAAAUUAAUACUGGCAUUCGUUUUAAGCCUGAUAGAUGCCAUGUUGACAAUUUUAGUCCAGUAUUAUCCAACAUUAGAUAUAUCAGUGUGUUAUGCAUUAUACAAUUCGAUUCCGAAUGCUUAAGCAUACGUUAGGCGAAAAUUUGACCACCCAAUAAUAUUUCUGCCAGAAAAGUACAAUAUAUACAUAUUUUUAUCAGGCAAUCAACUGUUGAUAUACUAUACUCAUUAAUGUCUCCAUCCACUAAUAUUAAUUUUUUUUUU